CCUUUUUCCCCUUACCUGCUAUAUUUUACUUCACAUUCCAUUUCAUGUUUCAUUUUUGCAUCUUAAAAAUUCAUAUUAUUCCCUAGUACACACCCACUCAAACAUACACACUCACAGAAGCCCCAAGAAAACAUGGCGGAAAACAUGAGCUCCAAGAUGGACAGUAGCUCUGUGUCCAACAUCUCCCUUCUGGGCCAGGGAGACUCUGUGUCCAACUCAGUGGAGUAUAAGACUGUGUCCGUGUUUCUGGUGGUUCUGGUAUGUGGUGUGGGAAUUGUUGGCAACAUCAUGGUGGUCCUGGUGGUCCUUACCACCCGACACAUGCGAACACCCACCAACUGCUACUUGGUGAGCCUCGCUGUGGCUGACCUGACAGUGCUGGUGGCGGCUGGGCUGCCCAACAUCUCCGAGAGCCUGAUGGCCAGCUGGGUGUAUGGGCAAGCCGGCUGUCUGGGCAUUACCUACCUCCAGUACCUGGGCAUCAACGUAUCCUCCUGCUCCAUCACAGCCUUCACAGUGGAGAGAUACAUAGCCAUCUGUCAUCCAAUGAGGGCCCAUACGGUGUGUACGGUCUCCAGGGCCAAGCGUAUCAUUGCAGGGGUGUGGGCUUUCACCUGUGUCUACUGCAUGCUUUGGCUUUUCCUGGUGGACAUCCAAGUGAACAGCGAUGGGCGCGUCCAGUGUGGCUAUCGUGUCUCCCGAGACCUCUACCUGCCCAUAUACCUAAUUGAUUUCACCAUUUUUUACGUCAUCCCACUGCUGCUAGCUAUUGUCCUGUACGGCCUCAUCGCACGAAUCCUCUACCUGAACCCACUGUCAGACCCACCGGAUUCAGGCACCAUCACAGCCCCCACCUUCAGGAAAAGCUGCAAAGAACCUGCAGAUUCAAGCAAAGGAGGUCGCCAAGGACGACCAAAAAGUGCACUCUCAUCUCGGAAGCAGGUCACCAAGAUGCUUGCUGUGGUGGUGGUCCUUUUUGCCCUCCUGUGGAUGCCCUACAGAACCCUGGUGCUAAUCAACUCCUUUGUCAGCACACCAUACUUGGACGCCUGGUUCUUGCUCUUCUGCAGGACGUGCAUCUACGCCAACAGUGCUAUCAAUCCCGUAGUGUACAACCUAAUGUCUCAGAAGUUCCGCUCUGCGUUCCGCGGCCUGUACAAGUGCCAGCAGCCAGCCAGUCACCAGCGCAGUCUGUCCUCACUCCAGACCAGUUACACUCUAGCUAGAGACCCUCGAAGCACUCACGUCAGCAAUGGCACCAAGGAAACUGACAAGAGAAUCAGCUGUCAUACCACCAACCAGGAACCAUGUAUGGAAAGUCCCCUGGGUGAAAAGAAAAGUGCUACAGAGAAUACUGGUAUUGACAAUAAUGGCAUGGAUCAGCUACAAGAAAAGACAGAUGAAAUCGACACAAGCAAGGAUCGAGGGGAUAUUGCAAACCUUGCCACAGAAGCUGAAAGAAAAGGAAUUAAAAAAGAAGAUAACGGUCUUGGCUUGGAGAAAAAGAUCAAUAGCCAAUGCUCUGAUAUUAGAAAAGAUAGGGAAAAUUGGAAUAAUGUUACCAAUCACACAACUCCAGACAUUACUCAUCCUAAUGCAGAGAAGGCUGUGCUAGCCCCUGAUGAGAUGAAACCUACACUUAGCCAUGUUGAGCAAAAUGCUAAGGAAUUGAUCCACAGCACAUUGUAA